GUUCGUUUAUUUCAUGCGUUUUGAGGUGAACUCAGGGAGAGCGAAGUAAUCAGUGUAAUCAUCAGCUGUACAUACCAGCAGCAUCAGACAGCUAGAUAACAUCCUCCUCAAUAUGCCCCCCAUCAGAGUGUCUAUCCCGUCGUUCCGCUCCGAGAUCAGCUCCCUGGAGAAGGGAUACACGGUAUUUAAAAUCGAUGUUUUGAUGAAUGGCCGACAGCAUGCCAUUGAGAAACGCUACAGUGAAUUUCACGCCCUUCAUAAAAUGCUUAAGAAGAGCAUCAAACCACCGGAGGUACCCUCUAAACAUGUGAGGAACUGGGUUCCUAAGGUUUUGGAGCAGAGGAGGCAUGGCCUGGAGCUCUAUUUACAGACUAUAAUCAUGGAGAAUGAAGUUCUUCCAAAGAUAUUCCUGGAUUUCUUAAAUAUAAGGCAUUUUCCCUCAGUGCCGAAAACAGAAAGCUGUGGGUCAUUUGAAACCGAUUCUGAUGAACUGAGUAAACUAACUCACCAGCCAGUCAUGCUUUACCUGAGGGACCCCUACCUUUUCCCCACCGCCCACGAUACGUUUGCGAACGUGGUGAGCGAGGGGGUCAUACACGGGGUGUUUUACCCUGACCUGCAGCCCAGGUAGGAUCCUGGCCCCCUGUGUGUCGAAAACACCUGUUACUACAAAGGGAUUACUACGUUUGUGUGUGUGUGCGUGUGUGCGUGUGAUGUGUAAAGACACAUGACCCUCAUUUAUGAUCACUUCCAUUAAGUGUACCACUAGGUACCUCUGCAUAAGGGUGUGAAAGAAACAAGAAUGCAGUGGUGAAACAGCGGCAGGUAGGCCUAUACCUCAUCUACAUUUGACCUACUUUAGAGUUAAGAAAGGCAGAAUCUUUUUAUCCUAAAAAAUAGCAUCUACAUAUUUCCGUCACCAUUUUUGAAGAGCAUUGAAACUUAAUAAUGAAAGAGAUUAUUUAUUUCUUAUUAAAUUAAUACAUAAAACAAUAUGGUCAGGGGAUUAGGUUAAACUUCCCCUGCUCGGUAUUGCUGAGUGACUAUCAGGUUUUAACACUAAACCUGGGCUUCCCUAAAAUGCAAACGAACAAAGCUGUGUUUUUUCUAAACCUAAGGAGCCUAGAUAUUAUGUCAAUGUUUGUACAGUUAAGUUCCAUGGACAAUGACAACACAAAGCUCCAUUAGGCAGCAGAACCCAGAAGGUGAAGCUCCAUCAUGAGGUCACAUUGGUGGGUGUUCAUCACAACAUGAAUGAUAUUGGCAGCAUGUACCGCAACGGUCGAUCCAUUGUUGAUCCAUCGUGUUGCUUUGUGUUCAAUAUGAAGAAGGUCAUGUAGUAAUAACAAGGUGCAGGGACAAAGGGUAUAAUAAUGUAUAAUGUAUAUUAUGAUGAUAUAAUAAUGUUUAUUACAAUGGAUUAAAGUCCUGAAAGGACAACAAUGUUUGAAGACAGAAAACCAGCUAGGAUAACUAGUUUUGAUAUUAUUCAUCAGAGAUGAAAUUUAGCACUCUAAACUGUCUUUGCAAAAUACCUUCUAUGAAUCACUGUCUUAAUCUUUCCAUGUAGUGUCUUAAAAUAAAUUGGUGUUUUAAAUCAAAUCAGAAAAUAUUAACAAAAAGCAUGGCACAUGGCUGGCAUUAAUGGUUCAUGUUUAACUUGCUCUGUUGCAGCCUAGAUGUGAUUUAUCUUCUCCAUGCAGGGCUCUUAACGUCCCUGAAAGGUUUGGGCCGUAGUUUAACACUAAAGGCCGCAGCAGUGGACCUGUUGAUGCAUGCUCGCUCGCUGCGGUCAUAUUUAUUCCACAGGGUUGAUGUCAGAACCUCAGCUUGUAAGUGGGCGUCUUAAUAAUCUUAAAUAUUUGUUUUUAUAAACGAGGAUCAUGAUGAGUCUUGCAUAUUCGGGACAGGAUAAACGUGUACUGUAUGAAGGGUUAAACGGAAAACGGUCAGUGUAGACAUCGUGUUGAUACUGACAUGUAACAUUGUAUACUAUGUAACAUAGUGUCCGCUUAUUUUUUCAUGAGAGCGACUGAAUAUUUUUGCAAUUCAUUGUUUAAAAUUUCACAUGAAGUAUUCUUUUUUUUUCAUUCUGUGCCUUUUUUAUUUUCAUAAUCCUGGCCAACAUGAAAGCGUGCAUAUUGUGAAUCUCACAUGACGUUUUCAAUAAAAGAAUACAUUGCACUUACAUUAAUACUGUAAUUUAAAUUCGUACCUAAGGCAUUAACAAUAUUCCAUGAAGUGUAUUGAUUUUAAAAUAGCAGGUAACUGUCAGAAUGGCCUGACACCAGAGAACAAUGAUAAAAGCGUGUAGAUCUAUAUUUAAAGUGUUAUUUAUACCGCGGCUGUUGUGUGUUCUGACUGUAGGAUAAUUGUCACUUGUGCCAUAAUGGAUCAUAUAAAUAACACUGUGGAUGGUACUGUAGCACUUUAGGAUGGCCGAUCUGGAAGCUAUCAAACUCACACCAAUAAAGCUCAUUGAUUUCACUAGC